AUGGGAUAUUUUUCGUCCGGAAAACGUCUAAGUGUUCGGAUUUUGUUUUACUUGGUUCUUUUACUAACCCUGUGGAGAAGUCAAACGCCGAGCACGUUCGCUCUGAAGGCGAUUCCGAACAGACCAAUCCGGUCUUACAUCAAGAAAGGAGACAUAAAUCUGGGCGCUUUCCUCGCCAUCACGGAGUACUCUCCCCACUCGCUGUGCGGGCAGAGGAUUCGAUUCCCUCUGCUCCAGCAGUUUGUGGAGGCGUUAGUGUACGCUGUGGAGAAGGUAAACGCUGACGACACACUUCUCCCAAACGUCACUCUCGGGUACGCCAUCUUGGACGACUGUGUCAAAGAAUCGACAGCCGUGGCCCAGGCGUUGAGAUUUCUCCCACGCAAACCAGAUGUGUACUGCAUCACUCCUGAGCAGUGUACAGACAGCGGGGGUGGGAUACUUCCGAACAUCACGUCAUUUCUGCCGGACACCCCCGAUGACCACUAUGACGUAGUAGGGGUGAUCGGUCCUCUAAAAAGCGGUAAUAGCAUCGCCGUUUCGUACCUACUCGGCCCUGCGAAAAUCCCACAGAUCAGCUUUUUGUCUACGAGCGACGAGCUGUCGAACAAGGAGCUCCACUCUUUCUUCCUGCGGGUCGUUCCCCCCGACGAGAACCAGGUCCAAGCUAUCAUGGCGUUCAUCCACAGCCAAGGCUGGUCUUACGUCAGCGUCAUCUAUUCAGCUGGAAGUUACGGUGAGUUCGCCUUCGACAACAUCAAACGCAUCGCGCCGAGCCUGAAAAUCUGCAUCGCCACGCAGCAUAAGACCAACCUCGCCAUGUCAGACGAGGAUUUUCUGAAGAUUGUGGAAGAUUUACUGAAGUACCCUCGAGCUAGGGUCGUUAUUGCUUUUGUUGGAGGGCAAGAUAUCGUGGGUGUGUUCAAGGCCGUUCACCAGCUUCAUGCAGCGGGAAGGUUUAUCUGGAUCGGAAGCGACGGAUGGGCAGAUCGACUGAGCCUCGUCCCGGCGGAGUUCCACAACGUUCUGUACGGGGCCUUCACCACCACCGUGUACACCCGUUCUGUCCCGGAGUUUAAUCAGUACUUCCGAAGUAUCAAACCGUCCAACACGUCAAAUCCCUGGUUCCACGAGUUCUGGGAGCGACAGUUCGGCUGUUCUUUCGACGCAGGGACUUGCGACGAGUCACGUGACAUCAGUGAAAGCCCCACCUUCUCCUACCUGUCACAGACUAGCUCCGCCCUCGACAGCGUUUACACGUACGCCCAUGCGUUGCACAAGCUGCUGCAAGAUGAAUGUCCCGGGGUGGGCGGGGACGAGGCGAGGGGGUGUGUCCUCGGCGAACAGCUGAUUGGAUAUCUCCGGAACGUGUCAUUUGACGGUGAGUUAUAG